CUUCCUUUGUCAUCAAUUUCUUACGUGACAACCAAAUCUAUAAGUGAUACUGAUAUUAUUUUACCUUAGAGAAUUAUAUUAUAUAUAGUUAGUCCAGUAUCUUUACGUAAACAUUGCCUAGUUGUUUUCUUCAAUAGUUGUUUUAAAAAUUCAUCGUUUGCCACCUUAAUUUUAAGAAAUUUUAUAAUGAGCUCUAUCUCUAACGUUGAAAAUCUUUCACCCCAAACAAUUCGAAGAAUAGUAAAAGAACAAGAAGAACUGAUUAAAGAUCCACCAGAAGGAAUAAGAAUUGCUGUUAAUGAUUCUGAUGUUACUGAUAUUCAAGCAUUUAUUGAUGGCCCAGCUGGCACACCUUAUGCUGGUGGUCGUUUCAAUGUAAAAUUAGUUCUAGGUAAAGAUUUUCCUCAUACACCGCCUAAGGCCUAUUUCCUUACCAAAAUAUUCCACCCAAAUGUUGCUAGUAGUGGAGAAAUAUGUGUUAAUACUCUUAAAAAAGAUUGGAAAUCUGACUUGGGUAUCAAGCAUAUUCUACUGACUAUUAAAUGUUUAUUGAUUGUUCCUAACCCUGAAUCUGCUUUAAAUGAAGAAGCUGGAAAAUUAUUGUUAGAGGAAUAUGAACAUUAUUUCCAAAGAGCACAAAUGAUAACAGAAAUUCAUGCUCAGGUACCAAAGAGUAUGAAAAUAGGUCGUGAAGAUUCUAGUGAUGGCCCAAUGGCAAAAAAACAUGCUGGCAGUAAACCAUUAUUAGAUAAAAAGAAGAUAUCCAAAGAUAAAAAGAAAACUUUAAAGAGACUUUAAUAAACUUAUUUUUUAUAUUGA